GUGUGCGCAGCCGCAGUGGAGCCAGCGGACUAGCGAGCUGUCAACCCCUCCGCGGUCUGCGUCUUCACUCUCCUUUCUCACCUGCUUCUAACGGGAUCCUAUUAUUAAGACGGUCCCGCUGGGGGGUUACACUCGACCCGGGACAGACAACAACCUCACCCGGCCUGCUGAGGGACAGCAGCUAGCUAUGUAGCUCGAUGCUAGCCGCGCGUCAGAAGCGACUCCUCCGCGGUUCACCCCGAGAGACGACAUGAUCUCCUGCUGACCAGGUCCAGGACUCUGAGCGUCCGGGCGCACGGUGUGGCGAUAGUACGGGUCUACGGAAACGACAUAAAGAGUUCGUAUCGUUGUAAUAUACCUGAGGUCAGAGGUCAAGGAACAGACGCGACCGGUUCCGCUGGCGGCGGACGUCCUGGAGAACGGAUGCGAGAGGACAUGUCCACCAUGGUGUGUGUGAAGGAGGACGAGGACCCCUCCGGGGAGGACAGGAUGUGCCAGGAGGAGAUCAUCUCCCGGACGCGGCAGGUGAUCCAGGGCCUGGACGCGCUGAAGCAGGAGCACCACUCCAUCCUGGACGGGGUGCUGGGCACGCUGCGCUGCCUGAAGCAGGAGGAGCAGGGGGUGCUGGUGGAGGAGAAGUCGCUCCUCAUCCGCAAGAGCCUGGACAUGCUGGAGCUGGGGCUGAGCGAGGCGCAGGUGAUGAUGGCCCUGUCCGGCCACCUGAGCUCGGUGGAGUCGGAGAAGCAGAAGCUGCGUGCCCAGGUGCGGCGGCUGGUGCAGGAGAACCAGUGGCUGCGGGACGAGCUGGCCAACACACAGCAGAAGCUGCAGAAGAGCGAGCAGAGCGUGGCCCAGCUGGAGGAGGAGAAGAAGCACCUGGAGUUCAUGAACCAGCUCAAGAAGUAUGACCAGGACCUGUCGCCCUCCGAGGAGAAGGAUGCGGACUCCAGUAAGGAGAGCCUGGAUGAUCUCUUCCCAGAUGAGCAGGACGACCAAAGCCCAGGCACCCAGACGGUCCACUGCAGUGCGGCCGCCGCCGCCGCCCAGCAGGGGGGCUACGAGAUCCCGGCGCGGCUGCGGACCCUCCACAACCUGGUGAUCCAGUACGCGUCGCAGGGCCGCUACGAGGUGGCCGUGCCACUCUGCAAGCAGGCCCUGGAGGACCUGGAGAAGACCUCGGGCCACGACCACCCCGACGUGGCCACCAUGCUCAACAUCCUGGCCCUGGUCUACAGGGACCAGAAUAAGUACAAGGAAGCGGCCAACCUCUUGAAUGACGCUCUGGCCAUCAGAGAGAAGACCCUGGGCCGGGACCACCCCGCGGUGGCUGCCACGCUGAACAACCUGGCCGUGCUCUACGGGAAGCGGGGGAAGUACAAGGAGGCGGAGCCUCUGUGUAAGAGAGCCCUGGAGAUCAGAGAGAAGGUGCUGGGGAAGGAGCACCCGGACGUGGCCAAGCAGCUCAACAACCUGGCGCUGCUGUGCCAGAACCAGGGCAAGUACCAGGAGGUGGAGUACUACUACCAGCGGGCCCUGGAGAUCUACCAGUCCAAGCUGGGCCCAGACGACCCCAACGUGGCCAAGACCAAGAACAACCUGGCCUCCUGCUACCUGAAGCAGGGGAAGUUCAAGCAGGCCGAGACGCUCUACAAGGAGAUCCUGACCAGAGCUCACGAGAGAGAGUUCGGCUCUGUGGACGAUGAGAACAAGCCCAUCUGGAUGCACGCGGAGGAGAGGGAGGAGCAGAGCAAGGGCAAGCAGAAGGACGGCUCUCCGUUCGGGGAGUACGGAGGCUGGUACAAGGCCUGCAAAGUGGACAGCCCCACAGUGACCACCACCCUGAAGAACCUGGGCGCCCUCUACAAGAGGCAGGGCAAGUUUGAGGCUGCGGAGACCCUGGAGGAGGUGGCACUGCGCUCCAGGAAACAGGGCCUGGACGGGGUGCAUAAGCAGCGCGUGGCGGAGGUCUUGAGUGACCCCGAGGCGCGUGAGAAGCAGAGCAGCCGGGAGAGCCUCACCUCAGACUCUGUGAAGUACGAGACGGGGCCCGACGGCGGCCAGGAAGUGAGUAUGAGCGUGGAGUGGAACGGGGACGGCUCGGGGGCUCUGAAGAGGAGCGGCUCCUUCGGGAAGCUGCGAGCCUCCAUCCGCCGCAGCAGCGAGAAGCUGGUCCGCAAGCUGAAGGGAGGGGGCUCUGGUCGGGACAGCGAACCCAAGAACCCUGGCAUGAAGCGGGCGAGCUCGCUAGGAGUGCUAAACAUGGCGGACAAGACUCCCGGGGACAUCUUCCAAGGACGAGAUAAUCGUGUGAGGAUGAGUCGCGACCUGAGUGCCAGCCACACCGACCUGGCGCUUUGACGGACCCCACUGCCUCCACACAGACGGACAGACCGCCGCAUCAUCUGUCCCCGCGCCCUCCCUUGUGCCCAGAGUGUAAAUAGCUGACCUCGCCAACGCCCGCAAAAUCAUCGUGCUAAGCUAACGCCGCUAGCCUUGUCUCCGUUCCGCCGACACAGCUUCAAUGGUUCUAUUGCACUUUGUAAAGUUCUGAGAGUGUGAGUGUUCUCGACUGAGGUGUACACCUCCUAGCGUAAGGCUGAUGUGGUUUUCCUCUGCUUCACUUUUUAAACAGCGAUAUACUGUGUUUAUAAGCUUUCUGUGUGUAUGUGUGUGGGCAGUUCCACACUUUCUCUCCAUCCAAAACGUCCGUCCAUCCUGUGUCGAUAGAAGGACAUAUCUCAGUGUAUGAAGUUGUAUGUUUACAUUUGCUUUUUAGAUUUAUCUUUUGCACUGCCCCCUAACGGUCUGACCAGGCAUAUAUAUAUAUAUAAAUAGUGUGAGAACGUCCCCUAGCGGUCUGACCAGGUAUAUAUAUAUAUAAAUAGUGUGAGACUGACCCCUAGCGGUCUGACUAGGCAUAUAUAUAUAUCUAUGGGGUGUAAAUAGAAGACGCCUAUCUUUAAAGGCUGCUGCUCGGAAGAAGCGGACUGUCCGGAUACUUCCAUUGGCACAUGAGACGCAGAUCCACUCAGGAUUGUCAGAAAUGUAGUUACCAUGGUGACACUGACUAGUUGAGAACAGGUUCUACCCCGAAACUUUCUCAACCCAAACCAUGUGCACUGGUGGUGGAAAACGAAUUUUUUUUUCUACAGACCAUACUGUAAGGACCUCCAGACUAUCCUGCCCCCAUCUAGAUAAAUGUAUUUAUUAAUGAUUUAGUUUAACUUUUGCUCGCAACUUAGAGCUAUACAUGAAGGAUUAUUCAUAGUAAGGUUAAGAUAUUUGCCGCUUUGUGUAUAAUUAGAAUAACUUCAUACCCACAGAAGAUUAUAUGGUGUGCGCUGCGCAAGCUGUCUGCUAUUUCCAAACCAAGGAAUCUAAAACUGAUUUUCAAGUGUUUGUCUUUGAGCUUCUUAUUACAUGCAGAAAUUAUGUUAUAAUAAACAGAUUGGAUCUUAACAGGUUUUUUUUAAAAAAGAAUCCAAAAUAUAUUAGUGAUAAUAUAUUAUAUUCCUUUUCAAAAGACCUCAUAAGAAGUGCCGGUCUUUCACCUUCGUGAUGAUCAAUUUCAAAGCCGAAACAUUAACUUUAGUCUAUGCAGCAACAUGAGCUUAUCUUUGGAUUUUAUAAUUAAUUUAUCAUAAUCAUGCGUCCGGGAUAAAUUAAAAUUUUAUAAAUGUAAUUAAAUUAAAGGAAUCACCUAAAUUAAGCCUGAAUGCAAUACUAUGACGUUGUUUGAACAAAACCUGAUUUAGGCAGGAUAACUUAAGUUUUAAGUAAACCUGAUAAAAACCUAUUUAGCUGUAGACCUCAUUUAAGACAAUGUGGUUUGGAGAAAGUGUGCGUUGACUGUGCGAGAAGGUCCAGGAUUUACCUAGUUACCCCUCAUCUCUUCGAUAAAUGAUCCUUUGAGAUGAGGUAGCCUAAAACCUUGUAAAUAGUCAGGCCUGCAUUCAGUGCCAUUUAGAAAUUUAUUUUAUUGAGGUCAGAGUACAGUGUGUUAAGAAGUAUUUAUUGUUGGACUGAAGGCUUUUUCUACAAGUAAUUUGAACUUCUAUAGAGUAGAACUGUUGAUUGUCUGGUUGCAGGACGUCUGCGCUUUUGUCCAUUUUCUGUCGCCGUACCGACGCCCACCACCGAUGAUCUCACCGAUGAUGAGUGUUGACCGGUGUUGCCAGACUGGGCAGAAAAUCUGGCCCAAUCUGGCAACACUGGUCCUGGGAUGGAUUGCAACGUCUAAAGACAUAACUGUACAAUAAAACGACACAAUAAAUAUAAUCCUGUUACAUUUGAAA